CCAAGAGCAGCGCAAGACUUUCCGUGUUCAAGCACUAUGGCGACCGAGACGACCCCGUUGACGCUGGACCACAACUUGCAGCAUUAUGCGCAGCAGGAGGCUCGCAACCGCAACGUUCGUCGCGCAUUGAUUGCGGUGGUGUCGCUGAUCGGCGUCUGCCUCUUGGUGGUGUACGUCGGGGAGCCGCUCUUCCUCAAGAGAGACGAUGCAGUGGCUGAGGGUGUGCCUGUGUCUACGGGGGCUACAGACAGCGAGGUCUUCUGCGGGCUCACGACGCAGGACUCGGGCUACAUCAAGCUGCCCAACAAGGUCGACGACCACUACUUUUACUGGUACUUCGAGUCCCGCGGCCAGCCCAACACCGACCCGCUCGUGCUCUGGCUCACGGGUGGCCCCGGGUGCUCCAGCAUGAUGGCGCUGCUCACGGAGAACGGGCCAUGUCACGUGCUGCCGGACCUCUCCACUCGGCUCAACCCGUACUCGUGGACCAACCAGAGCAACGUGGUGUGGCUGGACCAGCCCACGACCGUGGGGUUCACGUACGGCGACAAGCGCGACGCUGACAACGGCGAGGACAAUGUGGGCGAGAACAUCUACUAUUUCCUUCAGGGUUUCUUCGAGAAGCACCCGGAGUUGGCCGGCCGCGACUUUUACAUCACGGGCGAGAGCUACGGUGGCCACUACGUGCCUGUGGCGGCGCACUACGUGUGGCAGAAAAACAAGGUGAACGCUGGUACUCCAAAGUACAUCAACCUGAAGGGUAUUGCCGUCGGAAACGGCAUCACGCAGGCUUCGAUUCAACUUCCGCACUACAUCGACAUGGCGGAGGAGAACGCGUACAACAUUUCGCUGGUGGACGACUCUCAACUGGCGGAGAUGAAGGCAGCGGCCCCCGUGUGCGGUGCUAUCCUCGACCAGUGCCCGCAGAACAUGACGGCGUGCUUCGACGGUACUGAGUACUGCACGGAGAAGCUGUUCAUGCCGCUGCUGUCUGCAGAGCGCAACCCGUACGACAUCCGCAUGCCGUGCACUAGGAUGGACGACCCCACCAAGUGCUACGACAUGUCGUACGUCUCCAAGUACCUGGACGCUCCCAACGUGCGUGAGUCUCUCGGUGUUGACUCGAAGCGCGUGGGAGCCUGGCAGGAGUGCAACAUGGAGGUAAACGUGGCGUUCUACAUGACGGCCGACAUGGCCAAGCCGUUCAACACGUACGUGGCCGAUCUGCUGAACGACGACCUACGCGUUCUCAUCUACGCCGGUGACGCUGACCUCAUGUGCAACUGGUACGGCAACCAGGCGUGGACCCGCGCGCUGGAGUGGAAGGACAAGGACGGAUUCAACGCAGCGACCGAGACCCCCUUCAUUACUUCGGGUGGCACGAACGCUGGCGUGGUGCGGUCGGUCAACAACCAGUUCACGUUCUUCCGGGUCUUCAAGUCUGGUCACAUGGUGCCGCAGGACCAGCCAGCAGUGGCGCUCGAAAUGCUCAACAAGUUCCUCAACAACCAGGCCCUCUAA